CGACAAGGUAAUACAUGAAUAUCACAAUAAGUUUAAGCAAUACUUGAUUAACACUCAAAAUGAGCGGCAAAGCUCAGCUUGAGAUGUCGGUUGACCCCAUCAUACCUGACGAAGCUUCUAUUGACGACGAGCUCAGUGAUGUCGAGCUGGAAGAAGAUCGUUCCAGCAGUUUGAGUGAAAUUGAAGACAAAGAUGCCGAGCAAGAACACGAGGAUGAUGCUGAAGUCUCAGACGAGCUCAGUAACCCUUCUGAAGAUGAUGAUUCUGAAGCAGAGACAGAGCGACUGGAAGUAUCGCCGCACAAGCUAAGAGUACAAAGGAAUCUGGUUCUUAAUUCCCAUAAUAGCACCGAUUCGCAGGAGCGCAGCCCAAGCAAACUACACAAUCAGAUUAUGGCACACGAGGCAGAAGAAGACGAAGACGACGCCGAUCCAUUAUCCGACGACGAUGUAUCCAUUGCCAACGAUAGCUCUAAAAGUUCUCGCCAUGACGAUGCCGAGAUGGAUCACAAUGCGGAGACAGCUGCUACUUCUUUGGAAGAUGCUGCGGGCGAAGGAAAGAGGGCAUUAUCGACGUCUGAAAUUGAUUCAAAAAAGCGCAAGCGAUCGAUAAUGGGCAGUGGCGGACUCGACGAUGAUUUUGACGAACCUUUGCCAAAGCGGACGGGGGCUAUAGUCGAUCAAGGCGAUGACUAUGCUAUCGAGGAUGAUUUACCCGUAGAAGAAGAUUUAUCAAAUACAAUAAGCGGCAACAUUUCAGGCGAAGAAGGCGAUGGACCACAGGAGCAGGCACUCGUCGAUGCGACAGAGGCAAUACUUCCCGAUUACGAAAUUGCCGAAACCGCUAGCAUACCGACGUCACCCAAAAGGCGAGGACGGAAGAAGAAAAAGGCUUUGGAAAAUGGCACAAACAUGGAGGACGAAUUAGAUGGUUUGCAGAACGGCAUGUUGAUCAAUGGCGAAGAUGGUACAAGGAAUGGUGAAGAGGGCCAUGUAGAAAAUGAAGAAGAUGAAGAGGCAGAUCUCAUAUCGAAGACGGAGGAAGAAUGUGAGUUUGUUAUGCAGCAAGUAAAAUUCGAAGAUGUGCAGCUUGUUCUAACAGAGAUUUGAACAGUGGAGAAAAAGAUGAGCGCUUUUGAUCAAUUAGGUGGUAUCGAGAAGAAUUUCUCAGUCUUCAGAGACAGGUGAGAUUGCAUUAUUCUCAUUUUUUCGUUUGCUAAUAUGAUCGUAGACUGUAUGAUGAACGUCUCGAGCAGAUAAAUCGAGAGGAGGCUAUGCUCCGACAAGACAAUCCCACGCACCCGGAUCUUCUAGCGAUGAUGAGCGCCGUGGAGGCACGGAGAAACGAGAGGAUUCGUGUCGCUGAGAGACUACGUGAAUAUGAGCUGCAGACUCUUAAAACCUAUGCUGUUGCGAGAAGGAGUCAGAUUCUGGUUCAAUAUCGACAAGAAGCGAGAGAGAUUCGGGAAAGUAAGAUGGAGCAACUUGGUAAACAAUGGUACGAGAUACAGCAUGAUAGAAGGAAUUACUCUACCGGAGUACCUGAGUACACUCUGAACUAUCCUACGCGGAGAUCGCAACAAGUCCAGAAUCAGGUAGCAUAUUCCAACGAAGUUUCUAUUCUUUCGGGUAUCGCAAAACAUGUCGGAUUUCCAGCUGCUCCAUCCAUGGCCCAAGCAACACCUGCCGAGCUCGAAGAGGACUUCGAGAAGAUGGGAGUAAGUGCAUUAUUUUAAAGUCAUGGUCAGGAUUUAGUCCAAAAAGAGAUAUUUUGUCAAGAGAGGGACAAGCUGACGGAGCUUCUUCAUAGCGGACUACAAAUGUGCAUCAACCUGCAGCAUUACCUCUGCAGGAAUUAGCGGCCUUGCGGACAGCAGGAUCGACAUCACGAUUCAGACCAGCCGAAGAACAAUUCAUUGAACAAACACCCUGGGCAAAUCCGCAGCAUCCUUCCCACGUCCAUUUAAUACAGCGUCAAACAUCAGCACAGCAUACCCCAAGAACCACGAGUCCGUUGUCCCAAAUUCAAGUACAACCCCGACGACAUUCUCAUCAACAAGGCGGCCCUAUAUCUGGAACGUUUUCGAGUGUGUCGACAUCAGUCCUACAACAUUCGAAUGGAUACAUGGUUUCUGGUGGAAGAGUUUCCCCACACAACCCAUUUUCCAAUACUUCACACCCGCAUAAGAUCUUACCGUCGCCAUUAGGCAGUCGACAGCCAUCGUUGUCGCCAAAGCAAACCAGACCUCCUCAUAUACCAUUACACAUUUCUAACGAGCAACAAAGCAAUCAGGCUUCACAGAUAGCCAGCAAUCAAACCCAUCAGACACCACGAGCCGGACUUCACGAUGUGGUCCGAGAGAUGGUUCGUGAAUCUCCCCCUACAGAGAUUGUGUCCAAACGCGAAUUGGUUGGUCGCUUUUGAUUGAAUUUUAUGACUACGAAGGCGCAAAUACAAGGUUGAAGGUGCAUGGCGGGAGUUACGGAAGAAAAGCAUCUUGUUUGGUUCGGCGUUUAGGGAUAGUAUGGUAUGAUUCCCUUUGAGCGAUAUUGCAAUCACUCUACAUUCAUCUGUAU